GUCCCAUCCCCCCACUUUUUUAAUAUUAUUGAUUAAAAAUAGAAUUAAAUCUGACUGGGGCCAGCCUGGAUUUUUGAGCUCAACCUCCACUGGCAAUCCCUUCACACACUUGUGUCGGUCUCUUUCUCUCUAUGUGUGUGUAAAUAAUAAUAGCGUAAUUUCCUCUAAUUUCUCAUAUGAUUGAUCAAAGUAUAAGAUUAAGCUCAAUUAUUAACCAGGCUGUCCUCAUUUGACAUUUUUAGAAGCCCGUUAAAUGAGCUGAGAGCAUAAAAAAAAAAAAAACCAGCAUCCUCUGUUUGUACUUUGUAUGCAUUGAUCAAUUGAAAAAAUGGGUCCUCUGUUUGGAGCUCUCAUCGUCACGGCAUUUGUGGCUUUUUCAUUGCCCGGGGCAGCUGGAAUCAAAGGCUCCUUUGACGAUAAUUUCAGCAAAAGCUGCCCGGAGACCAAUUUCAAGACCUCUGAGGAUGGCCAGAUCUGGUACCUCUCCCUGAAUAAAGAAGCAGGUUGCGGAUUCAUGACGAAGCAGAGGUACAGAUUCGGGUGGUUCAGCAUGAAACUUAAGCUUGUUGGGGGCGACUCAGCUGGAGUUGUCACUGCUUAUUAUAUGUGCUCGGAAGAUGGAGCAGGUCCCGAGAGAGAUGAAGUUGACAUCGAGUUCUUGGGUAACAGGACAGGUCAACCUUACCUCAUACAGACGAACGUGUACAAAAAUGGAACCGGCAACCGUGAGAUGAGGCACAGCCUAUGGUUUGACCCAACCGAGGAUUAUCACAGCUAUUCUAUCUUAUGGAACAAUCACCAGUUAGUGUUUUUUGUGGACGAGGUUCCCAUCAGAGUGUUCAAGAACGCAAACUACACCAACAAUUUCUUCCCGAACGAGAAGCCAAUGUACUUGUUCUCGAGCAUAUGGAACGCGGACGAUUGGGCCACGAGGGGCGGACUCGAAAAGACCGACUGGAAAAAGGCGCCUUUUGUCUCGUCUUAUAAGGACUUCAAUGUGGACGCUUGCCAAUGGGAGGACCCUUAUCCAACAUGUGUCUCGACCACGACUGAUAAUUGGUGGGACCAAUACAGUGCGUGGCACCUCUCGAACGACCAGAAGAAGGACUAUGCGUGGGUACAGAGGAACCUCGUCGUGUACGAUUAUUGCAAGGAUAGCGAGAGGUUUCCUAAGCUGCCCGAGGAGUGCUGGCUGAACCCAUGGGCGUAAGUAUAUAUUAUAUGAGUGUUGAGGUUUGGGUUGAUUUUAAUGUGGAUUAAUAAGAGGUAUUUUUUGUAUUUUUUAUUUUUUGAUCUUUGG